GGGGGCGUGGCCUGCAGGCGGCAGGGGCGUCCACCUCCCCGGCCGGCACGGGGAUGGAGCUGGGUCUCCGUGGGCGCCCGGCCUCCGGGCAGGGGCUGGCCUCGGAGACCCCAGCGACUGCAACAGCAGCUUCCGGUGCAGUGGAUUCCCGCGGCUUCCUGUUGUGUCUCUACCUGGUAGGCUUUUUGGACUUGUUCGGUGUCAGUAUGGUUGUCCCACUGUUGAGCCUUCAUGUCAAGUCCCUUGGAGUGAGCCCUGCAGUUGCUGGAGUGGUGUGCUCCUCCUAUGGCAUUCUGCAGCUCUUCUCCAGCACCUUUGUGGGCUGCUGGAGUGAUGUGGUUGGAAGACGGUCCUCCUUGCUGGUGUGCAUUCUGCUCAGUGCCCUGGGUUAUCUCCUCCUUGGAGUAUCCACCAACGUGUUCCUGUUUACACUGGCUAGAGUCCCUGUGGGUAUUUUUAAACACACCCUCUCCAUCUCCAGGGCACUGCUUUCUGACCUGGUCACAGAGAGGGAGCGGCCACUUGUACUGGGACAGUUCAACACAGCCUCGGGUGUAGGCUUCAUCUUGGGCCCCAUGGUUGGUGGAUAUCUGACAGAGCUGGAUGGCGGAUUCUAUGUGACGGCUUUCAUCUGCUCUUCUGUCUUCCUUCUCAAUGCUGGUCUUGUUUGGCUGUUACCUUGGAGAGAAACAAACCUCAACAGCGAGGAGAAUGGUUGGACCUGGGAUCAGAAGCAAGCUACAGCACCCAGAAAGUCAGAAGGUACACUGCCGGGAGCAGCCGCCACCCCUAGGACCAGGAGGAGUGAGAAGGAAGUGCAGAGGCCCUGGGUUGAGGUCAUGUCAGCCUUGAAGGACAUGAAGAGCCUCAUAUUUUCCUCAUUGUGGGACGUAUUUCUUGUGCGCUUGCUGAUGGGGGUGGCUGUCAUGCUGUACUACAGUAAUUACGUCUUGGCCCUGGAGGAGCGUUUCGGGGUCCGGCCCAAGACCACGGGGUACCUCAUCAGCUACACCAGUGCCCUGGGUGCCCUGGCUGGCUUUGCUGUGGGGCCCAUUCUACGACUGUACAAGCACAACUCCCACAUGGUCCUGCUGCACUCUAGUGCGCUCACCUGCCUGCUGCUGCUGCUCUACUCCAUGGCCACCACCAUGGAUGUGGUGGUCUUUUCCUCGACACUUCUGUCCUUCUCCACCACCAUUGGGAGAACUUGCAUCACCGACCUCCAGCUGAGUGCUGGUGGGGCCCAGGCCAGUGGCACUGUCAUAGGUGUGGGCCAGUCUGUGACUGCCGUGGGCCGUAUCAUUGCCCCUCUCCUCUCAGGAGUAGCCCAGGAGAUCAGUCCCUGUGGCCCCCCAAGCCUGGGUACUGCUUUAGCCCUGGUGGCUAUUUUAAUCAUGUCACUAAACAAACCUCAUUCAGGUAUUUAUGUAUUGUAGUCUUGGGGACCCAGCCCCAGGCUGCAGGAAGGGCUUAAAGAGAAAGCCACAGCAUUGCAUAACUAGACUUUUUCUAUCUGAGAAGAGAAGAAAAAUACACAUACACACACACACACACACACACACACACACACACACACACACACCUAUUUUCUUGGUGGUUACUUUUCUUUAUUCUCAUGCUGCUCCUCUCAUGCUGGUACACUCAUAUUGUUCGUUCUUGUUGCUAUUUGUAUUACUACAUUGCUCCAUCUUACCAUGUCUUUUUAGUUUAUAUAUCCCAACCAAUUAUUUCAGGCAGUGUAAGAAUCAUAAGGUCACAUUUCAAAGGUAAAAAUUGUAACUUCUAAUUUGCCAGGAACACCUGUAGCCCUCAUUUGGGGCUAUAGAGUCGAAUUAUUUUCGCCAGCCUUGACAAGUCAGAAUAUAUUUUCACAAAUUGAGGUCAGGAAAUGGGUGCAAGGACUUGACCAUUUUCCAGCUAGCAAUAAUUGGGCUGUCUUUGUAUUUACAACUAGCCAGAUAGUAUAGCUGUGUGUCCUUGCUGAACAAAAUUGGGAAUGUUUAUCUAAAAGACCAUUAACAAGGCACCUGGUCUAAUCUAAAGCUCCUUUGAAGCUUUGUUUCACCUAAUGAGAUACAAGAAAACUGUUACUGCAAUUCUCAGCAUAAAGAUCGACAGAAUUUGAGCCAGCCUGGCUCCUGGAUUCAAAUGUUAUUCUAAAUCAUAAAUCUGAGCUGUGACUUAAAGCAGUUUCUUAAGUGUGGCUCACAAGCCUCAUGUAGCCAUAGGCCUAGCUAUGAAAUAUUUUCAUUCAUCAAAAUUAUAAGGCUUAAGGAAUGAUUACUUUCUUGACAAUCCACAGAUCACAAUGCCCCCAUUAGAUUGAGAUGUAAUCAUAAGAUAAACACACUACAGUACAAGUAGUGGGGGACUCCCCACACCAUAUACAGUAUAUCACAUACCAAAGGUACCCCAGAAGCAAAAGCUGUUUCAUAGUCUGGAGUCUCAUGGCCUUGCCUAAAAUGAGAUUGACCCAUCAGAGAUUUUCCUCUUGGUGGACUGGCACCUGAACUUCAGCUCCCGCCUGCUGUACUUCUGCCAUGGCCACCAGCAGGGAUGGGAGUGAGAAAUUAAAAGGGGAGUAGAAUGGAUUGGGACCACUUGAAGAAGCAGAGUUAAAACUGGGCCAAUCGGGGACAAAGACUGGUCAGAAGGGCAUUUCAGAGAGGGUGUGUCAUUUCCAGAUGACCAUGGCCAGUCCUCACCUGUACAGGGAUGCCAGCCAGACCAUCAGAAGUCAGCUGCAGAUAGGAAAGCUUAGAUUGAGCACAGCUCUGCCAGGGGACCGUAUCCAAAGCUUACUCGGAUGGCUUCUCUUCCCACCUGGGCCAGUAAAGUUAACGUUUGCUACCAGGGAAAGGCAGCACACUACAAAGAGGUGCCGGUGGUAGGAGAGCAACUUGGUAUGUGAAAGGAUGGAAGACCCAUAUGCAAGGAACAGUGUCCCAUUGAAAAAUGGGUGCUAUGUUAAUCACAUGCUGGUCACCCCUCUGGAGGGCAGGGUUUUCUGCUAAACCCAGAAGCCAAAAGUAGCUUCUCUGUCAAAAUCCCAGAGACUGGAGUAGCUGCUUUACUUAAACCAACCUGUUGCGUUCUCCACCAGUAAACAACUAGAUGCUGAGCUUACCCCCAGACACAGAUGGACAGACCUUGCAAAGCCAAAUCUGGGGUUUUAAGCACCAGUGGCCAUAUCUCAUAGAGGGGAAGGAGCACUGUUCAAUGUACUAGUUUUUAUUAAAGUAAAAGCUAGAGACUACAGUUUUUAAUAGCUAACUGGACAUGCCCCCUAAACUUACUGCUUACAACUGUGGUAUACCAUCUUUCACACCACUCAGAAGUCAGUCUGCACUAGAAGCAGCUUUCUGGGAGGCCUUCUCUACUCUCUGGGACUAAAUCACUUUGGACUUUGGGGAGAUCUGUGAUCUCAGAAGCUGGGCCUCUGAGGAAUUGUGUUAUUCUGGUGUUAAAGAGCUGAUAGUGAAGGGGAAACAUGGGAACAUUCUGUACAUAGAAAGGGUCGGGGCCAUCCCAGGCUGCGGAGAGACAGGCUGUACGGGGGCUUUUGAAAGUCAUUUAUUUGCUGUAUUUCAUUUGACUUUGGUGCAUUGGGAGUGUGGAUGUGUCCUUCUCUGUAACUUUAAGCCACCACUCCAUCAGCACCCAGGAGUGGCCCAGAAGGUGGCUUCACAGACUCAUGUGGACCAACCUUUGGACCACUGGGGUUACAUUGAUUGUUUAGGAGCAUUGCUUAGGGGCCGCUCUCUCACAGACAGCCCAGAUUCACAUUCCUUUUCAUCCUCUUGAUGAUUCCACUAGUAUAUGUUUUCACCCUCACAUAACAUGUACUUGUGAGUGGCAUUUUAAUGCACUAGUAUUUCAUAACUAGUGUUUACUAUUUAUAAAUCCGAAAAAGGUGUUUCCGUAGUUUUAGGAGUUGUAGGUGGGAUAAACUCAAAUAUUUAUGACAAUUGAAAGUACUUUUUAUCUUUUCCUCUUUGGCUACAAAAAAAGAAGUUCUCUUUUAAAGUGUUUCCACUGUGAAUUAAACACAGCAGCUAAGGGCUCUUAAGAGACCAAAGCAUGGCGUGAAUGGCCAUGCCCUCGUGCAGCAUCUAAAUGUCAUGGAGACUAGGCUCAGAAGGACAAUAAAUGAAUGAUUACCAUGAUGUAAUGAAGUAAGGUUUCAGAAGCGUUUCUCCAAAGACUCUUGGCACAUUCAGAGACGGUCGGUUUUUCUUACAAAUGCUUAUGGUAGCCAUAGCACUUAAAACCAUAGCACUUUAUUUUUUAAGUCAAACCUAUAAAAUUAAUGAGGCUUUAAAAUUAAUAAGACACAUGGAGAUUCUGGAAACCAGAAUAACCAAUAUCUAGAGAAACACUAUUAUCCUGUAUUAGUGACUUUAGUGAUUUGUUAAUCUGAUGGUUGUUUUUUGUUUUGUAUUGUUUUUUUGUUUGUUUUGUCUCCUUUGGUAAAUGUUUUCUCACAUUUCAUCUUGUCUGGUGUGUCGUUCAAAGUGUGGUCCAUAGACCACCAUGUCCUGGGAUAUGUACAUGCUCCAGCCCCAGCACAUUCCUGCUAGGGACCACUUUGAGGAGCUGUCUAGCUGAUCUGUUUACACAGAAAGCUUUGACAACCACUGGGCUGGUGAGUAGAAUUUAUAUGUUUUAUGGGAUAAAAUCUCAGGGAAAUUAAAUUUUCUCAGUUAAUGUGUGUGUCAUGUUCUUUAAAUUCUCUUGCAUGUCAUUCAUAAUCUUGUCUAAAAUAGUAGGUUGUGCCACAUGCACUUGUUCCUGUAUAGGUGAAAAAUACCUUCAUGUAGUUUUUAACUUGGAGCUGUAUGGAAAUUUGCUUUAGAGAUCUGGACUGUUUAUGAAGGGGAGCUUACCCACCUACCCCCAACAUGCCAGCCACAAGUGGAUGCUGUGAAAUAGGGCUCUCUCUUGUGGAACUCUAUUUCAAAAGGCUUAGCUUUCCCACAGAGCAUAAGGUGCCCAGCUCAGGUCAGAGGGAUGAGAAAAAGAUGGGAACCAGGAAGGCAUAUUUGGAAGGCUCAGCCAUGAACUGAGUGACCUGGACACUGACCUGUGCGUAGUUCUUCCUGAAGCCCACCAAAGGGGGCAAGAUAAUGCUGGUUCUCUACCUGGCUGCAUGCCUUGACCCUUGAGGUCCAGACACUUAACAUACUUAGGAUAGAGAAUCACUGAAUAGAAUUAAAAGCAUGGUGGGGAGCUCACGUGCCAUGCUCAGCAGCUCAGUUUUGUAGGUUAUGUGGACCACUGCUCCCAAACACACAGAUUUUAUUAAGAUCCUCUAGCUGUGGUGGGAGGCAGAUAGAUGCUGAGAAAGUAGUAUGGACAUUGGAACGGUGAUCCACAUGAGUCAGGAGGGACAAAUGGAUGCAUGGAUAUCGGGAGGCCAAGAAGAGAAGCCUGUGCCCGACAGUUUUAUGUCAACUUGACACAAGCCAGAGUCAUCUGGGAAAGGGGAAUUGCCUCCAUAAGAUCAGUAGGCAAGCCUGGAGAGUGUUUUCUUAAUUAGUGACUGGUGUGGAAGGGUUCAGCCCAUUGUGAGUGGUGCCAUCCUUGGGCUAGUGUUCUUGGAUGUUAUAAGAGUAGGCUGAGCAAGCCAUGGGGUGCAAACCAUGGGCACAAGCCAGUAAUCAGUAUUCCUCCAUGGCCUCUGCAUCAGCUGCUUCCUCCUGGUUCCUGCAUUGUUUGAGUUCCUGUCCUGCCUCCCUUCAGUGAUGAACAGUGGUGUUGGAGUGCAAACUAAAUAAACCCUUUCCUCCUCAAUUUGCUUUCCAUCAUGGUGUUUCAUCAAUAAAAACCAGAACAAAGGCACACAGAAGAACGAUCGAAGAUGAAAAUUCUUGAUGCAAGAAUGGAAAGAUGGUAUUUUUAUCAGUCGACUUAAACUAUUAUAUCUUGAUAAAUAAAAAUCCUUCAGUGCAUGAAGAAAAUGAAUACAAUUAAAAUGAAAGGUGGCAAUUGGGAACAUGGCAGGGGUAACCUUUCUUCAGGCUUAUCUAGGACUCUCUGCUAAGUGCCCUUGCACCCAGCAGCCAAAUGUUCAUUCUAAGAUCCCAAAGGCAGUGUCAAACCUCACAUAGCCUGUUUUUUCCUAAACAGAUACCAAUUUCAUUUUUCCCAUCUUAACCACUAUAACGUUUCCAGUACUAGAGCAAAUGUGGCAUGAACUUCUUUAUCCUAAUACACAGUUUCACCAACAAGUUUAUUCUUUUCUCCGAAGCUGUAAGCAUUCCCCUUAGCGCUUACAGCAAGCGCUUUAUAGCUUCACUUUGGCAGAUCUGAACUGCAUUCUCAGUGCAGUGAGGCCAAGAAGAACACAGGCAAUGCAUUGUCAGCACAGUUGAUGUAAUAACCAAGAUGGCUGCUAAGUCCUUAAUAUACAGGUAGCACACAGGGAUACCAUGGAGACAAGGCACAGAGUGACAUCAUACAAGCUGUACAUCAUUCUUCUCACAAUGGUAUGCAUUGCAAACUCAUAUAUUGUUUAUUUCUAGAAUUUUCAUGUAAUACUUUCUGGAUCUUGGCCACAAAGAACUGAAACUGUACAAAGUGAUAUAUAAGUCAUAUAAGGAGGGAAUUACUAUAUUCCAUUCUGAAUUGUUGGGGUUUGAGGCCAUUUAUUGUUUGGUGAAAUAGCUUACCUAACUAAAUCUGUCCCAAACUUGUUGAAAUAAAAAUUGUGUGGAAUGCCCAGGAUAAACCUGA